AUGUCGUCCGUUGCGGGGCAGGGUCUCGGUUCCUCCAAGGCAGCCAACUCCUCGAAUCUCUCCUCCUCUCCGGCGUCCUUCCAGUCUGCCCCCGCAUCGGCCGACAGUGGUUCUCAACGACGCCCAGGAGGCUCCGGCAGCUUUGGCGCUGGUUCCACGUCGAGGCAGGUUUCGUCUGCGAAGAAUAACCAGCCUCGCAAGAAUCAACACAAGCGGCAUCGGCGCCCGGCUCUGGCGAAUGAGGAUGCCUAUACCGAGUCUGUCGUCAUGAGGUCGACAACGAGCCGCAAAGGACAGACGUCCAUUACCCAUCUGAUGAACUUCUUGCUGCCUCCGCGGCCACAGUACCACCCUCCCCCCCGCAACACCCGGCGCAAUCCGACCUGGGGGCUAGGUUCGGGAUACCACGCGGUGGACAAGGCUCGAUACGUGCACGCCAACUACCGGUUCAUUGUCAAUCCGAAGCAUAGCUACCAUGCGCAAGCGGCCAACGCCGACGUGUAUCUGGACUGGAAUUGCGUCCUCCAGGUCCUAGCGUCCGCCCAAACCCAAGCGGCGAGCUGCCCCAUCUGUUUGUCGAUGCCCGUCGCGCCUCGAAUGGCGAAAUGCGGUCAUAUCUUCUGUUUCCCGUGCCUGAUCCGCUAUAUGCAUUCCACCGACGACGAGAAUCCCGUCCCGGAGAAAAAGCCCCGCUGGAAGAAAUGUCCCAUCUGUUGGGACACCAUCUUCAUCUCUGACACUCGGCCCGUCCGGUGGUUCACUGGCCAAGAGGGCGAGCUUCCCGUCGAAGGUGGCGACGUGGUGUUGCGGCUGGUAAAACGGCAACCGGGGAGCACGCUGGCACUCCCUCGUGACGGGGCGGAAGAGCUAGGACCGGACGAAGACGUCCCGUGGUAUCACGCGGCAGAAGUGGCAGACUAUGCUCGGAUUAUGAAGGGCGGUGAAGAUUACAUGAUGGCUCAGUAUGAUGCCGAGAUUGAGGAUCUCAAACGGCAGGAACAAGAGGAUGAGCUCCUAUAUGGUGACGAUACGACGUGGACGCAAAAAGCCAUUAGCAGCAUCAAUGAGGCCAAGGAGAAGAUCCGAGGGAUUGGCAAUCCACCGGAUAUCGUGCGGGCAGAGAAGAAGCCGCCUCGCGAUCCCAUCCGCUUCGAGCCACCGCCGGACGGUGUGCCUGACAUGUACGUGUACCAGCAUUCUGUCAAGUCAGGCCAAACUUCGUCCUCGACCGAAUCCAUGUCUACGUCCAGCACAACGGCAGAUCCGUCCAACGCACCCCCCGCAUCAGGCGAUACCGAGGAGCUUUCUAGUGCCAUGAGCGAUUUGAAGGUGGGCGCCAACUCUGAAGCGGGGUCCAGACGGAAGGAUAAAGGCGCCGUCAGCGCCUCGAAAACAGCGGAUCGUGCGCGAGACAACACAAGCUCGCAUGGCGAUCAGCCGUAUUAUUUCUACCAAGCUUUGCCGCACUUCUACCUCUCUCCGCUCGACAUUCGCAUCCUGAAGGCGGCAUUUGGGGAUUACUCGCUAUUUCCCGCCACAAUUCUCCCGCGGGUGGAGCAUAUAUCUACUGGACAUAUUGUGGAUGACGAGCUGCGGAAACGAGCCAAAUAUCUGGGCCAUCUACCCUAUGGUUGUGAGGUCAACUUCCUGGAAUGUGACUGGACUGAUCUCGUCAGUCCGGAGAUCCUGGAACGCUUUCGCCCCGAGACGGAGAAGAGGAGGCGACGCAACCGGGAGAAGGCUGCCAGGGAAGAGAAGGAGCGGAUCCGGGCGGAAAAGGAGGAAGAGGAGAAGCGCUGGGCGGCCGCUCGUCGCCGGCGACCCAGCUACGGGACCGUGGAGCGGCCGUUCACCGACGACGACUUCCUGCCUCUGUCCGGGUCGGCCGCGGCGGCAGCAGAUUCGGGUGAUACGAAUGCGCCGGCGACGUCGCCUCCAUCGCCGUCCCGGAUGCAGUCGCGGUUCGGUGCCCUCGCGUCGCCUUCGACCAGCCCGCCAGGCCCUAGGACGGUGUGGGGCACGGCCGCAGUUGCACCCAGCUCGCCGCCUCCUCCAUCGAGACCCGUCAACGACGGGUGGCUUCAGGGCUGGGAGGAGGAGCUGCUGGGGCAGCAAGAGAAGGAAUUGGUCGCCCAGGCCAUGGGAGAGGGUUCUGCCACUCCGUCGGGUGGCCGCAAGAAGAAGAACAAGAAGAUCACGUUGAUGUCGACCAACAUCCAGCGGGGCGCAUGA